GCAUCUGAUGCCCCUCCUUCCUUGAGCUGCAAAAACAGAGGAUAAGAUGGGACUUUGGAGAGUUCGGCCCCAGCAGGACAGCCUCAGAGCAGUUUCUACGGCUCCUCCCCACCAUGGGCUUGGUUCCCUUCUACCUUCUGCCCUUCAUUUUCUCUACAGGUUUCUGUGCUCUACCUGUGCUGACCCAGCCUCAAUCUGCUUCUGCCUCCCUGGGAGCCUCGGUCAAGCUCACCUGCACCCUGAGCAGUGAGCACAGCAAUUACUAUGUUCACUGGUAUCAACAGCGACCAGGGAAGGCCCCUCAGUAUGUGAUGAAGGUUAAUAGUGACGGAAGCCACAGCAAGGGGGAUGGGAUCCCGAGUCGCUUCUCAGGCUCCAGCUCUGGGGUUGACCGCUAUUUAACCAUCUCCAACAUCCAGUCUGAGGAUGAGGCUGAGUAUUACUGUGGUGCAAACUAUAACAUCAAUGGUCAAGACGGUUAAGCCACAGUGAUACACACA